AUGGGAAAGGCAUCUGGCUCGAAGCAUAGGAACCACCGAGGCGGCGGCGACAAGCCCGAGAAGGGUUACACCGGGGACCGUGACGAAGUGGAAUCAGCUGACGAGGGUUCUAGCGAUAGCGACUACCUUUCGGAGUCGGAAGACGAAGGGACUGACGAUUACAAGCGAGGUGGUUACCACCCAGUGAAGAUCGGCGAUACGUUCAGGAAUGGUCGUUAUCGCGUGGUGAAGAAGCUCGGAUGGGGUCACUUCUCGACCGUCUGGCUCGCGUGGGAUGAAACGGAGAAGCGCUACGUGGCUCUCAAGGUGCAGAAGAGCGCGUCGCACUAUACCGAGUCAGCUCUUGACGAGGUUCAGCUCCUCAGACAGGUGGCGGACGGCGAUUCGCGGAACGACAAGUGCGUGGUGCGCCUACUAGACCACUUCCGCCACUCGGGCCCGCACGGCUCACACGUGUGCAUGGUCUUCGAGUCUCUAGGGGAGAACCUCCUCUCGCUCAUCCGCCGCUUCCGCUACCGCGGCCUGCCCCUCCCCGCAGUCAGGCACCUCGCGCGCCACAUCCUCACAGGGCUAGACUAUCUGCAUAGGCAGCUGUCGAUUAUACAUACGGAUUUAAAGCCCGAGAAUGUGCUGCUGGUGCGGUCGAUAGAUGAUCAGCUGGGGAUUGGGGGGAGAAUGGAGGGUCCCCCGCCUCCGCCUCCGCCUCCCCCUCCGGUUUCGGUUCCGCGUGGGGGGGAUGGCGCGGGGGCUGGGGGAGGGCGUGGGGGAGGGGCUGGGGGAUCGGCGGAAGGGGGGGCGUUGGCGUCACCAGCGUCGUCGGGACUGACGAAGAACCAGCGGAAGAAGCUGAAGAAGAAAGCUAAGAAGGCUGGAGCUGCUGCCGGCGGUGCUGCUAAUGGCGCUGCUGAUGGCGCUGCUGGUGGUGGUGGUGCGGGGGCACAGGCCGGGGGAGGGGGAGAAGGGGGAGAGGCGGAGGCGGGGGCUGCGGAUAUGGGGGAGAGUGAGGGGGGUUCGAGGAUGGAGGAGAGCAGCGCGGGCAUGGGGGAAGGGGGCGCGGGGGGAGGCGCGGAGGGGAUGGUGGAGGACACGGCGGAUAGCAGAGAAGCAGGGGGGGCGGCGGUGGAGGGAGGGAGGGAGUCGUCCGCGUUAGAAGCUGGGCUGAAAGAGUUCCUAGGGCUCGAAGCUGCGUCUGUUGCUGCCACUGGCACCGCUUCUGCUGCUGGUGGUGGCGGUGGUGUGGCAGGGACUGAUGGUGGCACACAGGCGAAGAGUGCAGGGGAGAAAGCUUCAGCAGCAACAGCGGCAGCAGCAGGAGCGGCAGCAGGAACAGCAGCAGCAACAACAGAAGCAGCAGCAGCACAAGCGGAAGCAGAGACGGCAGCAGAGGUGGCAGGGAGGAGGAAACGGCCGGUGGACCUGACAGGGAUGGAUAUGAGCUGUAAGAUCGUGGACCUCGGGAAUGCCUGCUGGACGUACAAGCAGUUCACGAGUGACAUUCAGACGCGUCAGUACCGCUGCCCCGAGGUGCUGCUGGGAGCGCGCUACUCCACCUCCGCAGACAUGUGGUCCUUUGCUUGCCUCAUCUUUGAGCUCGUCACGGGGGAUGUGCUCUUUGACCCGCGCUCAGGGCACGACUUCGACCGCGACGAGGACCAUCUUGCGCUGAUGAUGGAGCUGAUUGGUCGGAUUCCGAAGAAGAUUGCCCUGGGUGGCAAGUACUCUCGGGACUUUUUCUCCCGCAACGGGGAGCUGAGGCACAUAAGGCGCCUCAAGUUCUGGCCGCUAGAGCGAGUGCUCACAGAGAAAUACGACCUCCCUCCAGCAGAAGCCACCUCCCUCGCCUCCUUCCUCACCCCCAUGCUUGACUUUGCCCCUGAGAGACGCGCCACUGCCCGCCAGGCCCUCGCCCACUCCUGGCUCGCCGAACCUGAGCCGGAGCGGCCGUUAGGUUCGGCUGGUGCAGGAGGUUCGGGUGCAGAGGUAGGGUCGGGUGGGGCGGUGGGUCGGGGGGGUGGGGAGGUGGAGGAUAAGAGGAAACGUGGUGAGAGUAGGGAGAAGAAAGGGGGUGGGGUGGGGGAGGGGAAGGAGAGUGGUGAGAGGAGGGAGGGAGAAAAUGGGGCGUGUGCAGAUGGGAAGGGAAAGGCGAAUGGGGUGGAUGGGGGAGGGAUGAGAGAUAAGAGGGAGCGGACUGGAGGGAGGGGAGGGGGUGGAGGAGUGAUGAAUGGGGAAGACGAGGGUAUGGACUGCGAUUCUGAGGGUGGUUUGAUUGGUGGGCAAAGAGAAGGUAAAGCAGCUGCCAGAGCAGCUGUAACGUCGCCAUUAGCUCCUUCAGUGCCCUUGUCGGCAUGA